AUGCCCAAGGUUCACUUGCUGGACUAUGUGGCCGGCAACAUUCGUAGCCUGGUGAAUGCCAUUGAGAAGCUUGGAUAUGAAGUAGAUUGGAUCCGGUCACCGGAGGACGUGCCCCGAGCAGAGAAACUCAUCCUGCCGGGAGUAGGCCACUUUGGUCACUGUCUCUCCCAACUCUCUCAGGCGGGCUAUCUCCCCGCCAUCCAGAAACACAUCGAUGAGGGCAAACCGUUCAUGGGCGUCUGUGUCGGCCUGCAGGCCAUCUUUGAAGGCUCCGUCGAAGACCCCGACGUUGCCGGUCUCGGUGUCAUCAAGGGCUCCCUAGGACGCUUCGACGACUCAUCCAAGUCCGUUCCACACAUUGGUUGGAAUAGCGCCAGUACUGCUGGGAAAUCCAUGUAUGACCUCAGCCCGGAUUCGAAAUACUACUACGUCCACACGUAUCGCUUCCCCUAUAUCAAGGGCCAACUGGAGUCACAAGGAUGGACCGUCGCAACAGGAACCUACGGCACCGAGACGUUUGUCGGUGCCGUCGCCAAGGGGAACAUUUACGCUACACAAUUCCACCCUGAAAAGUCCGGCGUAGCAGGUCUGAGAACCCUUCGCGCAUUUCUCACAGGUGAGGGUGCCAAAACCCUCGGCGCACCAUCUUCCGCCUCGACCACCUCACCCUCAUACUCACCCCAGGACGGCCUCACACGGCGAGUCAUAGCCUGUCUCGACGUCCGCACCAACGACCAAGGCGACCUCGUCGUCACAAAGGGCGACCAGUACGAUGUCCGUGAAAAAGACGACUCCCGCAGCGUCCGCAAUCUCGGCAAACCCGUCGAAAUGGCCAAAAAGUACUACCAAGACGGCGCCGACGAAGUCACCUUCCUCAACAUCACAUCCUUCCGCGACUGCCCCAUCGCCGACCUCCCCAUGCUCGAGAUCCUCCGCCAAACAUCGCAGACCGUCUUCGUCCCCCUCACCAUCGGCGGCGGCAUCCGCGACACCGUCGACACCGACGGCACAAAGGUCUCCGCCCUCGAAAUCGCCACCAUGUACUUCAAGUCCGGCGCCGACAAAGUCUCCAUCGGGAGCGACGCCGUCAUCGCCGCAGAGGAAUACUACUCCCUCGGCCGCAAACUCUUCGGCAACACCGCCAUCGAGCAAAUCUCUCGCGCGUACGGAAACCAGGCCGUCGUCGUGAGCGUCGACCCCAAACGCGUCUACGUGCCCAAAAUAGACGCCACCCGCCACAACAUCAUCGAGACCAAGUUCCCAGGCCCCAAGGGCGAGCCCUACUGCUGGUACGCCUGCACUAUCAAAGGCGGCAGAGAAACACGGGACAUGGACGUCGUCGAGCUGGCGCAGGCAGUUGAGGCCAUGGGCGCAGGGGAAUUACUCCUCAACUGCAUCGACAAGGACGGCUCCAACAGCGGCUUCGACCUCGAACUCAUCACGCAGGUCAAGAAUGCCGUCAAGAUACCCGUCAUUGCGUCCAGCGGGGCAGGCAACCCGGCCCAUUUCGAAGAGGUCUUUGACAAGACUACCACGGAUGCUGCUCUCGGAGCGGGCAUGUUCCACCGCGGUGAAUACACAGUCAAGCAGGUCAAGGAGUAUUUGCAAGAGAAGGGCCUGUUGGUGAGACAAUUUGAGCAAGAUUUGUCAUGA